AUGAUUAGAAGUCUAAUUUCAAGAAACAGCACGAGGAUACGUGGCAUUAAUACAAAUUUAACUUCGGUAAGGUUUGCUGGCCAUUCAAAAUGGCAAAACAUUAGACACGACAAGGCCAAAAAUGAUGCUAGAAAAUCAAAAGAAGCAACCUUGAUUUCAGGAAGAAUUGAGAGUUGUGUGCGUGUGGGAGGAAAAGAGAGUAAUGCUAGACUAGAUCAAUUAUUGGAGAAGGCGAAAACAUUGAAUGUGCUGAAGACGGUUGUUGAAAAAGCAAUCAAAAGAGGAUGUGGUGAAUUAACAGACACAGCACAACUUCAGAAUGUUCAAUAUGAAUUCAUGGGACCAGGUGGAGUUGCUAUUAUUGUUAAUGCUCUCACCGAUAACAAGGCAAGAACAGUUCUGAUGGUUAAGAACGCAAUGACUUAUUUUCAAGCCACGUUGAGUCCAUGUCUGUACAUGUUUGAUAAAAUGGGGGAGGUUAUCUUUUUGCCAAAGGAUAACAGUGAAAAUUUUGAUGAUGUGUUUGAAGUUGCAUUGGAAAUUGGUGCUGAGGAUGUUGAAGAAUUUGAAUUUGAAGACGAGUUUGUCCCUGGUAAAGUACAUAAAUUUUACAGGCUCUUGUGUGAUCCCACUUCCAUCAAUCAAGUCUCCAACGAUUUGAGCUCCAAAGGGUACAAAUUACAUGAAUCAGCCGUCAGAUACUUGGCCAAUUCAGAUUCCCAAGUACCGUUCCCUGAGGAGCUGUCAAAGGGGUAUUCGAGGGCGAUAGACAAUUUGGAUCAGAUAAACGACGUCACUGAUUACUACACAAAUAUCGAAGAGGAGCAUAAAGAGCGUAUAGUCUCAUCCAUAAAUUAA